CAAGUGCCCUAGUUAGGACGCCAGAGCGCGGAUUCGGACACGACCCUGGAAUUUCGGAGCAUCUGAUAACCCUAAAAUGUCCUGAAAGAACACGACAGUACGGUUAUUAAAAAACAAAAUGAAGAAACUUGAAAAGUGUUAUACUAAUUAUGUACAUGACAUCCCCUGUAUUACACAGAAUUGCUCUUAAUUUCGUUGGAAGCAUUCGGAGUCGACUCUGAAUCCCUAGUGCAUGGGUCCAAAGAAUCGACUCUUUCUAGGAUCCUUCUGCCAGACUUUGUUUCACGACCUCGUAAUCACCGCCAUGUAUCCGUCAUCUCCACCAGAGCAGGAGACAGGAAACUGCACGAAUGACACAGGAAGUGUGCCGGCUGUGACUGAGGAAGUUCGCCUGCGCCGCUUCCUGUGCUACGGCUCAGAAAGCGCCAUCUACAGAGCACGGGAGCAGAGAAACCCAUGCCUGGAGCGUGUCUCGUCCAUAACUGAGCUGCUCGAGGCUGGCCGAGGCGGUGAGGCGGUGCAGGAAGUGCGAAACAUGAGCAUGAAGGGCGGAGUCAAGAGCUCAUGCCCCGCCCUGUUUGUCCUGGCCGUGAUCUCGCAGCACUCGGACGUGGAGGCCAAGCGAGCGGCGUACAGCGUUCUGAAGGAGGUGUGUACUUCCCCCAGCGAGCUCUUCAGCUUUGUUCAGUAUAAGAAAGAGCUGAGCGGCGCCGGGCAACGCGGCAUGUGGGGCAGAGCUCUGAGGAAAGCUGUCGCAGACUGGUACAACAGACAUGACGCUCUCACGCUGGCACACAAAGUCACCAUGUGUAAGCGGAAAGGAGGCUGGUGUCAUCAGGACCUGUUCAGACUGGCACAUCUGAAACCGGCCAGCGAUGCCAUUGCUCUGGUGAGUAAAUACCUGACGAAAGGAUGGACGGCGGUACAGGAGACGUACGCAGACAGAGAAAAGUCAGAGGACGUGAUGAAGGUGUUCGUGUAUCUGGAGGCUGUGGAGAAGACCAGAAACUCGAGCGAUGAGCUGGAGGUGGCGCAUCUGAUCGAGAAGCACAAACUAGAGCGGGAACACGUCCUCACUAAACACCUCGAGUCCCGAGAGGUGUGGAAAGCUCUGCUGAAGGAGAUGUCCAUCUCCAUGCUGCUCACACACCUGGGGAAAAUGAGUGCAGAUAAACUCCUGCGCUCGGGAAGUGCGGAGACGGCCGCCGUGUGCGAGAAGAUCCAGGAUGAACACACACUACUGAAGGCGAAAACUCAUCCGCUUAGCAUCCUGCUGGCUGCAGAGAACUACAAGCGAGGUCGCGACAGGCGAGGGAAGUUAAAGUGGAAGCCGGACAGAGACGUCAUUCAAGCGCUAGACUCCGCCUUCUGCAAAUGUCUCUCAAACAUCGAGUCUACAGGCAAGCGAUUCGUAGUCGGAGUGGACGUGAGCUCUCGACUCGGGAGCGUUGCUCUCGGCAGCUUCGUCAGCACGGUGACCGUAGCUGCAGCCAUGAGCAUGGUGAUCAGACGGAGCGAACCCAGCGCCGACGUCGUGCUGUUUUCGGAAGGAUCCGUCGUUCCCUGCACCGUCUCGGACAAUUCGUCUCUCCUCCAAAUAACCAUGCAGUUGGUGCAGGCGUGCAGCACUUGUACGGACUGCUCUCUGCCGAUAACCUGGGCCUCGGAAAACGGCAAGAUGGUGGACGUGUUUGUUAUUUUCACCAAUAAUGAAACCUGGCCCGGGAGAUCGAAUCCAGCGCAGGCACUCAGGACAUACAGACAGAAAACCGGCGUAUUUGCGAAGCUGGUCGUCUGCGGCAUGACGACGCACAGCCUUAACGUGGUGGAUCCGGACGACGGCGGCAUGCUGGAAGUCUGUGGGUUCGACUCACACACCGCCGACAUCAUCCGCCACUUCGUCCUGGGCGUCAUAUAAAAGAUGUGCAUCAUGGGAAGUGAAAUUCACAUGUUCACCUGCUUCUGUUGUUUUUUUUUUUUAAAACUCCAGCAGGCUGGAUGGAGAUUUUACAUGUGAAACACAGAACAGAUGACUGACUUCAUGAUUCCACUGUAACACUAUAUUUGGUUUUAUUAUUUAUAUAUAUAUAUAUAUAUAUAUAUAUAUAUAUAUAUACACACACACUUAUUUUUGGUAUCAGUCGACUCUACGACGUAGUCAUGUGACGAUAGCGAGUAGGUAGCAAAACUUUGUAGCUAAGCAUCUAGCGAUCUAACGACUGAAGAUACGUGCGUAUUUGUGGUUUUUUUUUGUUCUUUGUAAACUAACGUGUUUCUUUUUCCUCAAACGUAUGUAGGAAAACGUCUCUCUGUGUCACUUAAGUAAUCUUCUAAAAGAUUAAUGAAAAAAGAACAAUAUUUAUGUCUAAUUGCUAUAAGGAGAAAGAUGUCCGUCUUCUGGCGUCAACUUUCAUUGAACUGAAUCUUGAAAAACGAUAUUUUUUUGGCUAUUAGUUUUUUUGAUUAUUAUUUUAACGUUACAGAAUUUAAUUGACACGGUUUUUGGAGUUUGCGAUAUCGCUGCACUUUUUAUUUUAUCGCGUGGGAACAUUUAUGUGUAUUUACACUGAUUAUGUUACUCUUUCAUUUUUUUUUUUAUUUAGACCAGAGUUUGAGAUCUUUACCAAAUAAUAAGCGAAAUCUAACCUAGGUGCUAAUUAGCUAGCUGCUAAAUCCUGUUAUGCUAGCUACCAUGUGCUGAUUGAGGGCUGGAAGGUUUCUUUCUUUCUCAGAGUUUCUUCUACCGGAAACUGGUCAGUCUGCUAAGCAAAGCUAGCUAGAUAACUAGCUAAAGUGGCCAAGCGUGUUUGUCAAUAGGAAGCUGACGAGAGUUAGCGAGUAAAGAGAUUAAGAGCACAGCCGUCGUUAGAAACAGUAGCACUUUAGUUUUAGUUUCUGGGGUUUUGAUGUGAAUCGUGAUGAUUAUCUUGAACAAUGGAAGACGUUGAAAAGAGAAGACGGAGCUUCUGACGUUUGUGUAGAGUUGAUGAGUUUUAUGCAAAAUGAAAAGACUGCACUGUGAUGUGAUCGCUGUAACUAGAGAAUCCUGGUUUGUACCAGGAAACACCCACCAUUUAAUAAAAAGACUUUAAAAAAAAAAAAACAUACA